ACUAGCAUAAUUAGUAAUUUUCGUGUCAGUUUAGCGACCGUUUGGUUGUGCGAUUUCGUAGGAUGUGGAACCGUUGGUCCACGGGGGAGCAGAUAGCUGUGCAGCCAAGGCCGACUACGAACUACUAGGCUCUGACACUCUUGCAGUCUGCGCCCCCGCAACAAAAAGGACUCGCCUCCAUCCCCCUGUCCGGUAUCGUUAGUUUCUCUCGAACAGCUUCAGUAUUUUCGUUUCCCGUCUCAGCGACGAUGAGUUGGCGUGCAGCUUCGGCAGUUCACAUGGAGCGUGCUCUUCUGGAGCGCUGCCCUAACAAUUUGCUCAGAAGACGUGCAGCAGAGAAUUACAAGGUGCAGCCGAAGAAUGUGUCGGAGCUUGCGCUUGUGAACUUUGGUCGGCGGCCAAUUUCCACCUCAGCGGCACACAUCUCGAGGGCGGCGUAUUGCCCCCCUACGUACACCAGCCUGGCGGAGAUAAUCCCCACUCCAGGCUCUUCCAUGGUGGAGAGGAUUGACUCGCCCCGAACGCCCAUGCGAAACCGUCUGGUAGAGAAAGCAGCCCGCGCAUACCUACUCCACACUGACUCAUUGGACAAGCGCCAUCGGGAGAGCACCCCUUGGACACAGUCUUUCUCCCGUUUCCUCCCCCGCCUCUCUACCUUAACGUCUGUGGCAACGUCCCUUGCUCUUAAUCCUUUCAAUGUCUUCAAUUCUGCCUUUCAAGUCUUCCGGUUCUACGUCACAGGCGUCCGUGCUCUGCAACCACAGCUCUCAGCAUCUGUUUCCCGCUCCGUCUGUCGCUCCGCCUCCACGCAUGUCCGGAGAACAUCCUACGCACGCGAGCUUAAAAUGUUGUAACAACCAGGCACCUUCCUUAAACUUCACCAAUUUGAUAAGCUGCUGUUGUGUCGCGAUACCUUUUGAUUUUCUGGAAGGAUAUCAAGCUUCGGUUGAUGCAGAGGAGCAAGUAGACUCCUCCAAGCGGAUUGCGCAUCACAGAUGAUCAACCGCCUCUGAAGCCAGGUUUCAUCUUAAUUUUCUGGUCGGAAAGGGUAUGGAUAUUGCGAAGUAAAUUAAUUUGCAAGUGGGAAUUGAACCAGUAGAUUGUAAUUUACGGUAGUCUUUGUAGAGAGCUUGAGAAUUCUGGACAUGGCCCUGGAGAAAGAAACAGUUGUCUUUAGGGUAAUUAGGUUCCAUAGAAGACUCUGAAGGGUCGGAUUUAAAUAAUUUGUGAGUUUUGAUUAAUUUUUCGGCGUUUCCUGCGAUUGUGACUUGAUUAGUGUAAGGGAUAUUAAACAUGUCCACUCGAUCCAGUACUGCUCCAAAGCACAGGCGCAGGAAACGGCGUCGUCCUGAUUUAUGGGUGAAAUUGACAUAGAAGAACUUCAGCUCUGUCACAGAAUGUCAGUAUCAGUGUUAUCAGAUUCUUCUUACAAAAGUGAACCUUGGCAGGGAACUUGUCAUGCACAUUGUAAUUUCGUCAUGGAUAACAUCACGGUUACUAGAGAAGGAUUGGAGUAAAUCGGUGUAGUUGAGAGCAUUAUCGGACCCAAUGAAUCCUUCGUUUAGAAUCAUUUGAUGAGCAGUGUAUGUUCUGUGCUUCGGUCUUCUGUAGAAACGGGAAGAUUUUCCUGUCAGAAGAUGCAAUGGCUGUGUGUUUUUCUGCAUUGUUGUUCUAGCUACGCGGAUAUUGUGGGUUGUGUAUGUUGUCGUGACAGGUCAUAAGCGUCGGAGGUAGCGGAGGUGAAUCAGAAUCGUAGUGGCGUUCGGACGUGUGUAGUUUAUCCACUUCCUGCGGGGUCAGCACCAAUCCGACAGAGCGUAGUGUGAUUGAGGCACCGUAGGAGUGAACUGGAGCAAGAGUCUGUCUUUGCGCGUGGACUCAACUGCUGUCCUCUCCCAUAUCUCGCUUCUUCCCGUGACUGAACUUCCUUGGAUGUAUCGCUUUCUGCCUUAUCAUCACAUCUUUAGAAAUCUUCCGUCCCACGAGACGGCAUCUGCCGUUUACCUUCGGAGCUUCUACGACCAGCGUCUUCAUCUCCUUGGCCGUGGGAUUUCGCACCUUCUGCACUCUCGCCGCGGGUUCGGCCUCAUCUACGAAACCGGGCUUUUAGAGAAGCUUUUAAAGAAGCUUUUAGAGAAGCUUCUCUAAAUUGUUAGUCUAUCAGAAACGGUUUACUUAUUCGCGGCACACUGACUCACAUCCAGUGUCCAAGCCCCGCGCCGCUGUAACGUUAACACAGGAACCAAAUCCAUUGCCACCCAUAGUUGCAUUCUUUUUCCACAUCUUCGCCUCUCUCUCUCUGGUGUCCGCUGCAAAUUGGUUUCCGACUCAGCCCGCUGUCCACCGAGUCAGUUGGGUUGAAGAAGAUAAUCUUCUGGUCUGUAGUGCAUUCUCUACGCUUUGGCUUGUAAACGUAGCGCACAAAGUUAUAAAACCUGAUUGGACCGUUGCGCACCUUCC